UGUAUAUUCUGCGAUCUGGAGGUUAUGGUUUGAGUAUAUUCGGCAGUAUUUGAAGAGCACUUUCACUUUAAUCAUGAUAAACGGUUGAGCGGCGGCCGCGUCAGCCAGCCAAGUAGGCCCUAUAUUUGAUUUUUGCCGUCACGCCGUGAGUUGGUUGGCAAGUCUCGCUUCAAUGACCCGAAUUCCAUCGCACCAAAUGCCAUAGUUACUGAAAACACCAGACAGUCAUGACCGUAUAGAGAGCGACAUGAGGGCAGACUUUUGAACGUAGCAAUAAAACAUGUUCUUCGAAAAAUCGUCGAUCAAAAGCGGCCCGAUUUGUGGAUUAACCGGCAAGGCCCUACACGUCAUCAAUUAGGGACAGCAUGUGAAGUGAGGAAACCAGUCAUUCCGUCUACCAGCCAGUCCAAUAUUGAAGCGAAGCCAAAAUGCCCUAUGCAGGACCCGGCCAAGUUUGAGCAUAAUGCCGAGUGGUCUAAAUUAGGAAGGGAAGAAUUAGACAUGCCAGGAGUUACUAGUGGACCUGAGCCAGAGGUGUCCUCACUGCCAAGUUCUUGGAGUUGACCUAUACAGUUCAGCAGGUAGUCAAGGGGUCAGACAACAAUGGUUUGGGGUCACUGGAUCAUUCACAGUGCCUUGUUAAUAUGUGCCUCAUUGGUGAGUUUUACUCGUUCUCAAUCAGCGGAAAAGUUCAUUGACAUUGAUGCAUACAUCAAAUACAAUGACAUUAUAGACACUUCCACCAAUCAGCUUCGAGGGGCAGAGAGUGUUCUUGAAUUCCAAUUCCGUUAUUGCAAUGACCAUGGAAUGUUGCUGUAUCAAGAUGGAGGAACAAGCCCUCAACAACAGACUUUAUUCUUUGCGUUGGGCAUCAGCGAUGGCAAGAUUUAUUUGGAGUGGAAGGUGACAGCUGAUUCUCUCAUUGAGCUGUUUAUUGGAGAUGGGUCCUUACUUCCUAACACCACCUACACUGUAGUCAUCUUCAACCUUGGUUCUCCUCAAGCAAGUAAUGUCUUUGCAACCAUCAACAACCAACAAGCCAACGUGGAGUAUCUUACUCCAAUCUCACAAGGACAACUGAACAUUUCUCAUCUCAUGGGGCCAGUAUUUAUAGGAGGUUACCAAGAUGUCAACAAUCUCAGAGUUAACACAGAAAGAUUAAAUGGCUACCUGGUCACAUGUGUUUACUACAUCAGAACCAGUCAAAAUACUCUGAACUUUGACCUUGCGGAUGAACUACAUGGGGUCAAAGAUGGUUGUCCUGGAGAUUUCUGUGCUCCACCUACUGUCAUUACAGUUCAAAGUAGCCAGGGAUUUCUGUCCAUAGAGCAUCCACUCACUCCAGGAACUAGGACAAUCUUGAGUCUUAGGUUCCGUACAAAGGCAUCAAGUGGUCUGUUGUUUUAUUUUGGUGGUCCAGCAUAUCUGACAGUUUACAUGGAUCAAGGACGACUGAUCCUUGGACUCAACACAAGGGGGUCUGGAGAUGGCAUGUUUGCCACAACGCCAUCCAACGGUCAGGUUUACAAUGAUGGAGGUUGGAAGUAUCUACGGGUUACCAGGGAAGGAAGGGAUGCAACCAUGUAUGAUGAACAGGGACGCCAGCUAGCCUCAGUCACCUACCCUGGUGCUGCUCAAACCCUGAAUGCUGCCACCCUCCUGAUCGGAGGUGUUGAGGACCCUAUGACCCUUCCUGACCCUUUCCCGACCCCUGCUCGGACCUCGCUCAGAGGUUGCUUUGAAGGACUUCGUUUCAUUUCAUACAGCAUUACACCUGAGCCGGCAGAGCUCAUCAAUUUCAAGACACAGAGUAGGGCAGAAAGGAAUAUCAGUCAUGAUGGUUGUUUUCCAUCUGAAGUCUGUGAACCUGUCUGCCUAGCUCCUUCUCAAAGCUGUGACUUCGACUGUUACUGCUCACCUGGGUUCAGUCUGGUAACCCCAACUCCUCUAACCUGCCAGAAUAUUGAUGAUUGCAGCCCUGAUCCAUGCUUAAACGGUGCCACAUGUGAAGACGGGAUACUAGACUACACCUGUCACUGUACUAUUGAGUUCAAUAAAGGCAAGAAUUGUUCAAUACCCAACAACUGCAUCCCAAACCAGUGCCAGAAUGGUGCUCAGUGUAUCGAUUUCCUCGGAGGGUUCAACUGCACAUGUGCAGACGGCUACGAGGGAACUCUGUGUGACACAGAAAUUAACGAAUGCCAGAGUAACCCUUGUAUCAAUGCAGUUGAAUGUCGGGACAUGGUAGCUGCAUACCAGUGCAUCUGUCAACCAGGCUACACUGGUGCUAACUGUGAGAUUGACAUUGAUGAAUGCGAGUCUGGUCCCUGCCUCAACAACGCUACUUGUAGAGAUGCUGUCAAUCAUUAUGACUGUCUUUGUACGCCAGGCUGGCAAGGUCCCUUGUGUGGAAUGAACAUUGAUGAAUGUGUCUCUGCACCUUGCGCUAACGGUGGCACCUGCAACGAUGCCGUUAACAGUUACACCUGCUCAUGUGCCCCUGGAUGGGAAGGUGUUCGUUGUUUGCAGGACAUUGAUGAAUGUGCCUUAGGCUUCUGCCAGAACGGUGCUAGCUGCACCCACGGUAUCAACCAGUACACCUGUUUUUGUCCUUCGGGAUGGACUGGGCAGAAUUGUGAUCAAGACAUUGAUGAGUGUUUAUCAAACCCAUGUAUGAAUCAAGGAUUAUGUGUGAAUGGGAGGAAUAGUUACACAUGCCGUUGUGCUGCAGGAUUUGAAGGCAUUCGUUGUGAAAUCAACAUAAAUGAGUGUGCCUCAUCACCAUGUAUGAACGGAGGACAGUGUGUAGAUGGAAACAAUUCCUUCAUCUGUGUAUGUUCUGCUGCCUGGGAAGGGUCACGAUGCAUGACACAGGUCAAUGAAUGUCUCAGUAAUCCGUGCAUUAACGGAGGUCAGUGUACAGAUCUCUUGGGCAGGUUUACCUGCACAUGUCUGACUGGCUUCACAGGUGUCAGAUGUGAAGUGAAUAUAGAUGAUUGUCAAAGCCAACCGUGUGUCAAUGGGGCUGCUUGUGUGGAUGGAGUUAAUAGUUAUCAGUGUCUUUGUAGGGACGGGUAUACCGGUUUGCUGUGUGAUGUAGACAUUAAUGAGUGCGCAUCAUCACCAUGUGUGAACGGCGGAACCUGCUUGAACCUCGUGAAUGCCUUCCGCUGUUUAUGUGUCACUGGCUACGGGGGGCAACGUUGUGAAUUAGAGAUUAAUGAAUGCCAGUCACAACCUUGCUUCAACGGAGGAGUGUGCCAAGACAGAUUCAACGGCUUUGACUGCACAUGUGCAGUAGGAUACGAAGGAGUCCGCUGUCAGAGUGAAGUCAACGAUUGUCUCCCCAAUAACAACUGUCAAAACAAUGCUCUGUGUAUCGAUGGCCGUAACACUUACACCUGUGCUUGCACUGCGGGAUGGACUGGCAAUAUCUGUGACAUCAACAUUGAUGAUUGCCUGUCAUUACCAUGUCAACACGGUGGACAGUGUAUCGACUUGGUCAAUGGUUUCCGAUGUGAGUGUCCCAGUAACUUCCAAGGUCAGGUUUGUGAGCUUGACGUCUAUGAGUGCCUGCUUCAGCCAAGUCUGUGUCAUCCCACGCAGACACAGGUGUGUGAGAACACAUAUGGAGACUUCAACUGCCGAUGUUUCCCUGGUUUUACAGGCAAAACCUGUGAGCAGAACAUUAACGAGUGUCAAAGCCAGCCAUGUUUCUUUGGAGGCACCUGUCAGGAUUUAGCCAAUGGCUACACCUGUCAAUGUCCUGAGGGGUUCCUGGGAGUUCACUGUGAAGCUAUUAUCAGAGAGUGUAAUUUUAACCCUUGUGGUGUUAACUCUGUUUGUGUGGAAAAUCCUACAGGUGGUCAUAGGUGUUACUGCACCCCUGGUUACCACGGUGAUUCAUGCCAGUUUGAGGUCUUGGAAUGCGGUUCAAAUCCAUGUCAAAAUAAUGGGCUGUGUGGAGACUUUGUCAAUGGAUAUGUCUGCACAUGCCUACCAGGGUUUGACGGAAUAAAUUGCGAGAUCGACAUUAAUGAGUGUGCUAGUUUCCCAUGUGGUAACAAUGGUUACUGUCAACAACCAGAAGUUGGCAGAUACGAAUGCACCUGUCAACCUGGCUAUAGUGGAACCAAUUGUCAGAAUGACAUCAAUGAAUGUGAGCUACACACACCAUGUCAAGCUUAUCAAGUCUGCUUGGAUCUAGUCAAUGGAUUCAGGUGCGAGUGCCCAACUGGCAUGGAAGGUCCUAACUGCAGUGUACCCAUCGACAGUUGCUUGAGUGCACCUUGCAUGAAUGGUGGUGUGUGCGUUGACGGUGACUUCCAGUAUAGCUGCCUCUGCGGCUCAGGGUACCAGGGAAUCAACUGUGAGAUAGACAUUGACGUAUGUGAUCCUCAACCUUGCUUCCACGGUGGGACAUGCAGCAGGGUACCAAGUGCUACGCUGCUAUUCACAUGCCUCUGUGCUGAGGGAUUCACUGGUGCACAAUGCGAGGGUGAUAUUUAUGACUGUCGUUCCAGUCCUUGUCUUAACAAUGGCACUUGUGUUGAAUUCACUGACGGAACCAAUGGAUUCACCUGUGUCUGUACCGAUGAGUACAUUGGAAGUUUCUGUGAAAUCUUCAAGGAAGGUUGUUUGUCUGGGCCAUGUAUGAAUCAAGGAACAUGUGAAAAUACAAACCAAGGUUUUGUUUGCCACUGUCCGGAUGGAUGGUCAGGUACCCAAUGCCAACAAGAUAUCAAUGAGUGUCUGAGUAAUCCCUGCCUGAAUGGCGCUCUGUGUGUCAACAGUCCACCAGGCUCAUUCCAGUGCUUUUGUGUUGAGCCUUAUUGGAUCGGGAAUCUCUGUGAGAUUGAUGUGUUGGAAUGUCAAGCUAUGCCACCACCAUGUAGGAAUGGAGGAGUCUGUAUCGAACAGGCUGGUGCUGACCCAUUAUGCAACUGUUCCAUCGGUUUUGAAGGCCCUCGUUGUGAGGCAGAGAUUAAUGAAUGUGACUCUGCACCAUGUCAGAAUGGUGCACAAUGUCAAGAUAUCGUGGCUGGCUAUCUAUGCGCUUGUGCAUCAGGCUACCAAGGUAACCAUUGUGAGUCUGAAGUCAACGAAUGCAUCUCGACUCCCUGUCAGAACAAUGCGACUUGUAAUGACUUUGUCAACGGUUAUAACUGCACAUGUGCAGAAGGAUAUAAUGGAACGCACUGUGAGUUCAACACGGAUGAGUGUAGAUCCAAUCCGUGUUUGAAUAAUGCCACGUGUCAGGAUUUGGUGGACAGUUAUCUGUGCAUUUGCCCACCGGGAUUUGCAGGAACACACUGUGAGACUGAAAUAGAUGAAUGUACCUCCAGUCCGUGUUUGAAUGGUGGAAAUUGCACCAAUCUCAUCAAUGCCUAUGAGUGCUUCUGUCCAGCAGGAUACACAGGCAUUGCUUGUGAGUUUGACAUUAAUGAAUGUGCUUCCAAUCCAUGCAUUAAUGGAGAAUGCUUUGACUUCAUUGAUUUCUACAAUUGCUCCUGCAGUGCUGGAUAUGAAGGUUAUAACUGUGACAUUGAUAUCCAGGAGUGCGCAUCUAAUCCUUGUCAGAAUGGAGCUGAGUGUACUGAACCAACCCUUGAUACCUACCGGUGUGUUUGCCCCCAAGGAACCUCUGGCCUUACCUGUGGCACAGUGGAACAAGCCAGUUUUGCAGGUAAUGGUGCAUUGCAGUUGUCACCCUUGGCCGCUUACACUGCAGGCAUAGGGGGUCAAGGUAGGAAGAGACGGGCUAUCACUCAGAUGCUUGUAUCAUUGGAGUUUGUGACAACCAUUCUAAAUGGAAUUCUUAUCUACAAUCAAGGGAUCCAAACCACUGGACGUAUUGACCAUCUUGCAAUUGAGCUAUACAAGGGCACCCUCUAUGUCUCCAUCAAUGUUGGCUCGGAGACGCUGUCAGCGAUGUUGGGCAGUGGACUCAAUGAUGGUCGUAUGCACAAAGUCUCAGUCAGCAUUGUCAACCUGAUUGCUGGAAUUGCUGUUGAUGAUGGGCAGUGUGGGUCAGAUUGUGUGGCAAGUCUUGAACCCUCUGCUGCAGGUGGGGAGCUUGAAUUAAAUGGACCGCUUUACAUCGGUGGUGUUGGGCCUGAUGUCACACCUUACAUGGUGUCAAAGUUGAAGACAACAGAAAAUUUCAUUGGUUGCCUAGAGAAUUUGAACAUCAACAAUGCACUUGUAAGCCUGUCCGCCCCCACAAGCCAAGCUGUUCCGCCCCUCGCCCCUGGCUGUCCCUACUCUAAUCACUGCCUUCCCAAUCCCUGCAUGAAUAGUGCUCUCUGUGUUGACCUCUGGUCCAACUACACCUGCGAGUGUCGGGUCGGGUUCAGAGGUCGCCAAUGCGACAUACAGACCUUGGCAAGCUUCACCCCUCAGAAGUUCCUCCAUUUUGCUUCAGGAGUCGUUCCGGAUGAUCCGAUCACCAGCAUUCAGUUUGCUUUCAGUGCUGCUAAUGCACAACCUGGUCUCAUCAUGUACAUGCCAUCAGGUAUAUCAGUGGUCUUAAUGGACAGACAUGCCAUCAAGGUAGAGAUAUUAGUCCUAGGUGGUGUGUCAGCAGCUGAAGCUGGCAUGAACCUAGCUGACGGUGAUUGGUAUCAAGUCCGACUAACCAUCAAUGGAUUUCAACUUACCAUUCAAGUGACUAACGAGGCAACAGGUCAGGUGUACACAGGUACUCUCCUUGCACCUCCUUCUAUUCAACUCAACUUGCCUAUUUUGUUUGGUACACUACACCAAAACCCUACAUUCCAGCCUCUCAGAGAUACACUACAAGUUACACAAAGUUUUACAGGUUGCAUUCGAGAUGUCUACAUCAACGAUGUCAACAUUGAACUCCAGAGGUCUUCAGCCUAUGAGUUGACUCUUGACCCACAGGUCGCUGAUCCAGGUUGCCCUCGUGAAGAGACGUGUUUUCCUCAGCCUUGUUACAAUGAUGGAGUGUGUAUACCAGGAUGGAAUGGGUUCGAAUGUCAAUGCACUGCCGACUACUUUGGGACAACUUGUGAAGAAGUGAGUGCCUCAACGUUUAAUGGCAUGGAUAGCAGUCUUCGUCUGAUUGUCGAUACUCAGCUCGUCAGCUUCGGGGAUCAGUUUGGUAUCAGUUUCCGUACUCGUGAUAUGAACAGUGUGAUUAUGCUGGUUAGACUGUUUAGUAAGACCAACACCAGAGUGGAUCAUAUGUUACUCGGUCUAGAUCAGACAUCAGGAGCUCUGCAAUUGGAAACAAAGUUUGGAAUCGCUGAAAGUGUGCUGGCAAUCACUACCAAUGCAUCUGAUGCCGAGUGGCAACAGUUGUCAUGGACACGCCACCGUGGUAACAUCAUGGUCAACUACAGAGGGCAGCAGUUUAUGUUAUCAGGUGACUUCCCUAUGCACAGUGUGGACAGAAGUGCCACAGUGGAGAUAUGGGUAGGCGGCCCAGCGGACACAGGCAGUGGCUCUGCAGCAGCUCAAACCCUUCAAGGCUGUGUCCGCAAUCUCUACUUCAACAAUCAACGCAUCCACUACCUAUCCACCAACUCUCCACAACCUGGCAUUGCUAUCAGCAGCCCUAGGGGACAGAUCACCUAUGGUUGCACAAGUGUGGAUGUCUGCAAUCCUAACCCCUGUCCUGUCAACUCAUUCUGUGUGGAUAUUUGGAAUGCCUUUGAUUGCAUUUGCCUUGAGGGUUGGGAGGGAGUGCAGUGUAAUCAGAGUAUAGACGAUUGUAUAGGCAACCGUUGUAUGAAUAAUGCCACCUGUCAAGAUGGUCACAUGACCUACACAUGUCUCUGCCCGGCUGGACUGACUGGUGACCUCUGUGACAUUGAAAUCAAUGUCUGUGACACCCAGCCUUGCAAUGUACAGAAUGCCCUCUCUUGUCAACCUGUGUUCCCAUUAGAUUACACCUGUACAUGUGUGCCAGGAUUUGAAGGCAAGAAUUGUACUCAGGAUAACAGAUUAUGCACCCAGAAUCCCUGUCAAAAUGGAGCUACCUGUACGCAGACUGCUGACAAUCUCGUUUACACGUGUGCAUGCCCAGAUUUCUACGAAGGAACGAAUUGUGAAAUUUACAAUCCGUGCUUCAGACAUGAUUGUUUGAAUGGAGCCGCAUGCGUACGGAAUGGGACAAAUUAUACUUGUAAUUGUUUGAGAGGGUUUUAUGGUAACUUGUGUCAGUUUGUUGAUGGCUGUCUUCAAAAUCCCUGUCAACAUGGUGGGAUGUGCGCCCGGAGUAUGAGUGACUACACAUGCACGUGUACUCAACAUUACGAAGGUGUGAAUUGUGAAACACCAAUUGAUCAAUGUGAAGUGAAUCAAUGUUUAAAUGGUGCGACAUGCUUCCAUGACACAUCUAUGCCCGAGGUUAACUUCACUUGCACCUGUGCUGCUGGUUUCAUAGGUUCAUUGUGUGAGAUUAAUGUAAACGAGUGUGAUUCUAAUCCCUGUAUGAACGGUGGACAGUGUAACCAAUAUUUAGUGGGAGACGUCAACUUCCCUGGGUAUGAGUGCACUUGUGUUGCAGGCUACACUGGCACACUAUGUGAGACAAAUAUUAAUGAAUGUGAGAGUAGUCCGUGUUUGAAUCAAGGUCGGUGCGUUGAUCAAAUCAACGCCUACACGUGUGUUUGCGUUCAACCUUACAAUGGUACCAAUUGCGAGCUAGACACGAGAACUUGCCAACAGUCAUUAUGCCAAAAUAGGGCACAGUGUGUCGACAUUGGCCCUGGCCUCGGAAUACAGUGUCUCUGUACCUUGGGUUUUGGAGGCGAGUAUUGCUCCGAUGAAAUCAAUGCUUGUCAUAGCAACCCAUGCCUGCAGGGUGGGUCAUGUGACUACAUUGGACCAUGUGACUGCCCAGUUCUCCCCCAGGAAGCUGUUAAUUGUGGACAAGACGAGGCCUGCCAACGACAAGCUUGUCAACGAGAUUCAUCCUGCACCUUGCGUUCAAUAGCAUUUGAAUGUAACUGUACCAACACUGGAUAUGAAGGAUUACUAUGCGAUCAAGACAUUGAUGAAUGUGUUACUAAUCCCAACGCUUGUUACAACAAUGGUAAAUGCAUCAAUGUGCCCAGUUCUCACCAGUGUAACUGCACGGGUACCGGCUUCACUGGACAGUUCUGCACAGAGGAUAUCGAUGAAUGUUUAAUCAAUAACCCUUGCAUGAAUGGUGCUCGCUGUAUCAACAACCGGCCAUUCUUUGAAUGUCGCUGUAACGAUGGAUUUAAUGGCACACUCUGUGAGACAGAUAUUAAUGAAUGCGCAAGUAAUCCAUGCCAAAACGACGGCACUUGCACGGACAAGGUCAACGGCUUCACUUGUAAUUGCACCAAUACGGGGUACCAGGGAGCCAUUUGCAGUGAGAAUAUUGAUGAAUGUGUAACUGGUUCUCAUCGUUGUCUGAAUGGUGGAACAUGCCAGGACUCAAUUGGCAGUUACACCUGUAUAUGCAGCAAGGAAUAUUUGGGAGAUUUCUGUGAAGUUACAGCAGGGAGGCAGAUUGAGCCUAUCCAAGUCAUCAUACCUUUAGUCAUCUUAGCCAUCCUGUUGGCCUGCGCCGCCGUCUACAUCUGGUGGUACCUCAAGCAAUCACGCAAGAUGAAAGGCAAAUAUAACCCAGCAAAGGAGGAAUUAGCUGGAGGAAUGCCCAUGGCAACCUUUGAUCUGGAGACAGAUGAAAGGUUAAUAUGAGAAGACAUGGUAACCUAGCAACUGAGGAAUAAGAUGAGGCCAUGCCUCGGGUUUUGUAAGGAGCCAACUUCUCACUCAGACUCAGUGUAUUUGAAUCAACUCUGACAACAUGAUCUGAAUAGUAAGCUCCACACACAUUCCUUAUACUUCCAUUCAGAUUUGAAGUGUUUGGCAAAGUAAUACCAAACAACCUGUUAACAACGCAGAGAGUUCGACAAUCCUCUGAAUUUACAAGAAGCAAAGUCACUCAUUUUUACACUGAGACUAAGUUACUGAACAUGGAAAAAAGUGGAGAUAAUGUCAUCUUAGGUAUAAAGAUGAAGUGGAUGUGGGAAAGGUGUCCUUUGACCUUUCAGGAGCUGUUGGUUUCUGGGAGAGUUAGCAAGGAGAGGUAUUACCAGUCAUUUCUCAGAAUCAAAGGGAGAAAUAAUCUGCCAUGAAAAGUCUACGUUUUGUGAAAUAUUCCUGUUUUAUUCCUAGUUUUUAUUUCCAGGACCCUCAGAUAAGUUGUGGUGUCUGUGUUUCACUUUGUGGUUUUCUUUAUUGUAGGACUUCCAAUUUGGUCCAGUUUCAGGGGUAUAUCCAAAUUUUUCAAAAGGGGGCCGUGGAUCCAGGAUUUUCCAGACGGGGGGGGGUUGUGAACUAAAAAGUUUAGUGUCACGUCUGGAGGGAGGUUAGGUAAGUGGCAGCAGAAUUGUUGCCUUUUAUGCCUUUGCCACAUCUGUGGGGCUGGGUGCACCACUUUGUUUCCCCCUUUGUCUUUUUCUUCUCUUUUUAUUUAUUUAUUUGGGGGGGGUGCACCCUCCACACCCCUCAUCCGCUCCUGAGGUUGUACUUACGUGUAUAAUUGUGUUAUCUAGUGAAUGUUUGAAAUAUCAUUACAUUUAAUCAGAUUUAUGAACAUAUGCAUUGCAGUUUGCCGUGCAACAGAUUUAUGCUGUCAACUCUUUUAUAACAAGGUUUAAUGCAGGGACAUAGGGAUUAACCUUGUUACAGAGGACAAAAAAAAAAUCAAGCGAUUGAACUCUGAGAAUUAGAUUUUUAUAACACUGUUCUUAAUAUCCAGAGUUGACUAUACAGUGUGUGUGCUUUAGUAAGAAAAAAAAUCCCAUGGAACAUUUUUAGUUUCGUUUUAGGUGUUUAGAACUGAGCCACUUCCUACUUCCUGAAAUAUGCAGAAACACUUCUUCAGCUAAAGCUGCUGAAGCUGCUUAAGUGUGUAUGCUUCUUGCACGUUUGAAGUAACCCAGAAAGUGUAUGCUCGAGGCAGCACGACUCCUAACACACUCACACAUGUGUGUCCAUGUAUUGAUUAACUUGGCUCAGUCAGGCACGUUGCAAUGGCCUUCAAAGUGGUUAGCCUAGCUCACCUACUAACUCUCAUGCCUAGUGCAUUAUUGACGGGAGUUACAAUGACCUUACAAAGUCUUUUAUCAGUGUGUAUCUGCGCUUAAUGUACCUUUAAAUUGUGCCUUUCUUAAAGUAGUUCUUUGUUAGUAAUUGAAAAACCAAUAGCAAUCAAAUUGCCGUGGGAAAUUCACUGAAGCAUUCCAAAUUGAGCAGUAAAAGUCCUUUCUUCAUGAAGCAAUAACAAACACAAACAUGGAUUACUACAGUUUUCUCCCUUUUCUGUGUGCCAUACAGUAUGCUUGGUUUAUUUUGCACCUGUGAUCCAAAUUUGUGAAUUUUGUGCCUUGAGGAGGAUCAAUUUAACAACGUUGCCAAUAGCAACAUUCUCUGGAUUUGUAUUAUGAUACAACGAAUGGGUCGUAUUCCACUCUUAAAUUAACAUUUGUACUUAAUGUCAUAUCGUUUGUAUUUGAGCGGCAGCAUUUACUUAUGGAAAUUUGUGCCUUGUUCUUGCUAAAUUUGUCCAUGUGCUGCCAAAUUUUGGCAUAUUCUUAAUAUUUUUGAAAAAGAGGCUUUUAUGAAACAUUUUGUGCUUUCCAUGUUUUUAUUCCUGGUUACAAUUAAUAUGUAGCAUUCACAGGGUAUUUUUUAAGUUGCUGUCUUUUUAAACAGGAAAUAUGCUACUUAUUUUGAUUUUUAAUCAGUUUAUUUUGCUUUGCAGGGUGAGUCAUUGACAUAAUAAUUUCCCCAUUCCAAGCUCUUGGUAAGCUGAAGGUAACGAUUUCAAGUUAGGCAGCAAGGAUGUAAGUCUUGCAAUACCUUGAUUUCAGAUUUUGUUUUGUUCUUCAAACCUCACUUGACACAUUGGAUCACACGUGUACAAACCUGACCAGCAUGCCUGAAAUUUUUAGGCAAAAAUGUUAGAACUCACAUAAGUCGCAAGUUAAUAAUGGCCAUCAAUGACAUUUUUCCUUCGCAACUUUAUCUAUUUUUCCACAAUGUUGUUCAACAUUAUAAAUAUACCUGAACUACAUAAUUUUGUGAAGAAGUUGCGCAAAUGAAUAGCAGGAAUAGAUCAAGGCAUACCCACAAAAGUUGCCUUUUUCAAGAAUUCUUUUAUCUGAAAUCAAACACGUUUUAAAUGGAAUAAUGUCUUGCAAAUAAGUCUUGUAUAAAUUUUAUACAAUAUUUUCCUUAUGAAAUAAUUUCUAUUUGCAAAUCCAAAAAUCAGCAUUUUGUAAAAGCGUUUCAGAAUUGAUUAUAUUAGCUUUGGAAAUAUAAACCCAUUUUUGAGGUGUUCAAUGUCGGCAAAACAAGGCGUUUCUGGUGUACAUUCUGUACCCAUUUAGAUUGUUUCUAAAACAUGCUGUAUCGAAUUAUGUACUUGUAGUUUAAAGGGGCUUGUUACCGGAAGACAAAAGAGGAAGUAGUCACUAUAGUUGUCACAAGGUUUUGUUAUCAUUACAAUUAUCCUUGCUUGCUAUCAAAAAAAUCUCACUGUGUUUGCAGUGUCAAUGGUAGCGUAAUGAUUCUGUAAAUUGUAUCCAUGUUGGUUAAUUUACUUGUGUUGCUGCGUCAUUCGCAUGGUCUUUAAGGGCAUUUUCUAGCAACUUUCUCUUAAUUACAUCCUUCGACUACCUACGUUUGACAGUAUUCAUAAAUUCUUGUAUUUCUUAGGUGUGUAUUUCUAUCCAUUUUUCACUUGUGUGUAUGUGUGUAUUCUGUUAAUGUAUAGAAGGAAAGUAUUUAUUAAUCAUGUUUUGUAUUCCAUUACAGAUCUGUAUUCUGAAAAGCAAAGGUGUAAAUAUUUUUGGAAUAAAGGAACAACUUCUCACUUUCGGAAGUUUUCGUUUAUAUAAUAGGCCUACUA